AUGAAAGACAAGACAUUAGAAUACUCACAGAUCAGAGAAGCAAACCACACCGACCGCCUGGCACCUACAGGUAGCACCAGAAGGGCCUUGUUGAUUCUGGCACUGAUAUUUGUGGGCGCUCUGGUGGCCUUGGCGGCAGUCUACUCCAGCUUCCCACAACUGGAGGAGCAUGAACUGCAACAUAUCAAGUUGCCCCGCAAUAUAGAGGACGCCAAGAAUCUAGGCCAACUGCUGCACCGCUACAAGGACAAAUAUUUCUACCAGGUGUUGCUGGGAUAUUUUGUGGUGUUUAUUUUUCUGCAGACAUUUGCAAUACCAGGAUCCAUAUUUCUCAGCAUCAUCUCUGGCUUCCUAUACCCAUUUGUGUUAGCCUUGCCCCUGGUCUGUUUGUGCUCUGCCCUGGGUGCCUCCUUCUGUUACCUACUAUCCUACAUGGUAGGGAGAAGAAUCGUCCAGAGGUACUUCCCACAGAGGGCAGCCGACUGGAAGAGUCACGUGGACAGACACAGAGAGCAUCUGUUUAACUACAUGUUGUUCCUGAGGAUCACACCAUUCCUGCCCAACUGGUUCAUCAACAUCACCUCGCCUGUAAUAGACGUCCCCCUCUUCACGUUUUUCUUUGGGACAGCACUUGGGGUGGCACCUCCGUCCUUUGUCUUCAUUCAGGCCGGGACCACACUUCACAAGCUGACUUCAACCAGCGAGGCCUGGUCUUGGACCAAUGUGGUCCUCUUGGGCAUCUUUGCCCUGGUAGCUCUCCUACCUGUCCUCUUCAAGAAACAGUUGCGCACCAAGCUGGAUUAA